AUGCUCUUCGCCAUCACCACCGCCGCCACCAUCAUUGCUACCCUCGCUGCCGCCGUCCCCGCUACUGGACCUUCGGCCGGAAUCCGGUACAAGAGCAUCGUUGCCAACAUCGCCCGGGACAAGUGUGUCGACGUCGCGGGGGCAAACUACGCCGACGGCACUGCUAUCCAGCUUGCCACAUGCUCGGGCAACAAUGCUCAGAAGUUUGACAUGCACGGCUAUAAUGACCACGACUACGUGACCUUCCACCCUCUUGACGCACAACACCUGUGUCUCGACGCCGGCGUGAACCCCGGUCCCGGUUCGCUCGUGCACCUCUGGACGUGCUACGACGUUCCGCAGCAGCAGUGGGCCGCGGUCACUCCGGGCUUGGGGAUGCUCAAGCUCAAGGGCGUAGACCUCUGCCUCGACGUCAAGGAUGGCGUAACGGCCAACGGCUCCCCCCUUCAGGUCUGGAGCUGCCAACCCGGCUACCCCUUCCCCAACCAGGCCUUUAAAUUCAACUCCUAA